UGAGGUUUAUGCUCCGCAGAAGAAGCGUUUUCUCUGCGCAGCAGCAUUACUUACGGCCUGGGCCUAGAGAGGGCGCCAUGCCGCCAGAGCCCCGCCCUGCGCUCGCUCUUCCACUCUCUCGGGAGAAGCGACUUGGGUGCUCAACUAGGCACGAGGGGGGUGGGUAUGAUGAGAGAAAGGGGGAGAGGGAAUGGCCGCGCAUGCGCACUCGCGAGCCGAGGCGACCGCGGCGAUGGCUGCGCAGUGACGGUUGGAUCUAACGGUUGCUAUUGACAUUGGGGCUGGGCGUGCGGUGGCCGAUUCGUGCGCGGAGAGGGGGGGCUGUUGGCCCCGCGGAAGAGGCCCCGGGCGCCGCGCGGUGAUGCGGGCGCGUUGAAAGUCCGGGCGUAGCCGCCUCCCCCCCGCCCCUACCAGAGCCGGGCCCGGGCCGUCGCCCUGUGUUGGGUUCGCGGAUCCUGCCGCCGCCGCCCCCCCUCUUCCCAUGCGGGGCCCUCCCUCCGCCUGAGCCGCCUCGGGAGGGCGAGGGAGUGAGGCCGGCAUGGCUCGCCGCCUGGCUUAGCCGCUCGGGCCGCCGCCGCCGCGAAGAGGAGCUGCGGCGGGAGAGGGGGAGGGAGAGCAGGCCCCGGCCCUGGCUGUGACGGCGCCUCGAUGCGGGGCUAGGAGUGCAGCCGCCCCUCGGCCUGCCCGGGCGCGGAGCCGCGCUUUCUUCUCAGCCCGGAGCCGUCGGCCUCAGCGUCUGCGAUGAACCCGGUGAAUGCCACAGCCUUGUACAUCUCCGCCAGUCGCCUGGUGCUCAACUACGGCCCCGGGGAGGAUCCGCAGUGCCUGGCCGAGAUCGGCAAGCUGCUGCCCUACUUCCGGCAGUCGCUCUCCUGCUGUGUGUGCGGAAAUCUGCUGCAAGAUCCAAUUGCACCCACCAAUUCCACAUGUCAACAUUAUGUCUGCAAAACCUGUAAAGGCAAGAAAAUGAUGAUGAAACCAUCAUGUAGUUGGUGCAAGGACUAUGAGCAGUUUGAAGAAAAUAAACAGUUAAGCAUUCUAGUGAACUGCUAUAAAAAACUUUGUGAGUACAUAACACAAACACCAUUGGCACAAGAUAUUAAACAAGCUGUGGACAGUUCUCCUGAUCUUUUGACGUUGCUCAAAGAUGGUUCUCCACUCUAUGACGACCCAGAAAAAGCAUCUGAUGAAGUCUUGCCAUUGUGUCUGAUGUAUUCCCCAUCACCUUCAACUUCAGAGCAUACUAAUGAGCCUCCUGUUAAUAAUUCUUCUGUACCUGAAAGCACACGCAACUCAGAUGCAAAAGGUUUUGUUAUUAAUGGAUUGCCCAAUUGUAAUGGGCUGUCAACAGAUAAACUUGGAGGAAAUAUUCCUUCCCCUGAACAUGAACAUUCAAUUGAUGUAUGUAGUCCUGGACAGUACAUGAAAACUGAAGAUAUUUCUAGCAGUCUGCAGCCUAUCUGUGACACUGUUUCCCCUAGUGACUUGUGUACAGACAUAUGCAGUUUUAGUGAAGACAUUAAACCAGGUGAUCCUCUUUUGCUUAGUGUUGAGGAAGUACUGCGGAGCUUAGAGACUAGCACAGAUGUCUGCAGUCCUAAUCUGCAGCACAGUUUGGAAACCAGUUUAUCGAAUGGUCCUUUUUUGCAGCUUUCUCCUCCACUUCCUAGCCAUAAUAUGUACAUGUCAUUGGGUUCUUCACCUCAUGGUCUUUCAUGUACAGCUGCAACACCGAAGGUAGUUAAGUUAAAUAGAAAGCGAUCUCGAUCUGAAAGUGACAGCGAAAAGGUUCAACCUCUUCCAAUUUCCAGCAUCCUUUGUGGCCCAACGUUGGGAGCCUCAGCUCCGGUAAUGGUGAAACAGGAAGUUAAGAUGUCUUUGCAGCCCAUAGCAACUGUACCCAAUGGAGGCACCGCUUCUAAAAUAGGCAAAAAUGUACUCUUAUCCAAUAAAAGCAUGAAGAAGAAUCUAGAUCAUACUGCCAAGAAAUCUCGCCCAAAAUCUAAAUCAGGAAUGCUGAAAACAAAAGAUAAAUCAAAAGGUAGCAGUCAUGUCAUGCCAGGAAGUCCAACAAAGACGGUAUAUAAAAAACAGCAAGAAAAGAAGGGGUGUAAAUGUGGCCGAGCCACCCAAAAUCCAAGUGUUCUUACAUGUCGUGGCCAACGCUGUCCUUGCUACUCAAACCGGAAAGCCUGCUUAGACUGCAUAUGCCGUGGCUGCCAAAAUUCAUAUAUGGCUAACGGGGAAAAAAAACUGGAGGCAUUUGCGGUGCCAGAAAAAGCCUUGGAGCAGACUAGGCUUACUUUGGGCAUUAAUGUGACAAGCAUUGCUGUGCGGAAUGCCAGCACAAGUACCAGUGUAAUUAAUAUGACAGGGUCACCAGUAACGACAUUUUUAGCUGCCAGUACAAAUGAUGAUAAGAACUUGGAUGAAGCUAUAGACAUGAGAUAUGACUGCUGAGAUUCUUCUUUUGUCUUUCUCCCCCUAUUUACCCUGUCCCCAGCCUUCGGUAGGGCGACUGCUACAAUUUUGAAGGCAGCUAUGGUUCUGUUUAACUUGCCGGAGCUCCUACAUAUAGAUCACUUGUAUCAAGUGUUUUUCAUUGCUAUGUUGUGUGUUAGUGUCUGGGAAAUAGUUUGACAGUAAUUGCGGAGUUACCCUGAAACUGUCUUUAGUUCUUACAGCACCUCAUAGUUUCAGAUCAAAUGCUAAUGUAAAUGGUCUUUAAUACAGAUUGACUUCUUUGGAAAAUAUUGACCUUGUUGUACCAAUUCAUGCUUUGUGCUUAAUCAGAGAUUGAUUACAUACACUUAAAUGGUUUCUAGUCAGUCCUUUGCAGUUGUGCUAAUUAUAAUUACAGUUGUACUCCUUUAUAAUGUAUCCAUGUUACUUAGUGUUGUUCUUAAAUUGCACCAUGCUAGAAGUCUUGGGGGAAAUGUCAUAAAACAGCCUUAAAUACCACAUUAUUUUUGGACUAGAAAAUGAACAACUUAGUACUUAAAAUUUGUUCAGAAAAAAUGUUACAUUAAAGUGAAAAUCACUGCAUUGCCCAACUAGUGUGCAACGUUGAAACAAAAGAACUUUGAACAUGGGCACCUAUUUUCAGUUGAUACCUCAAAGUUUUCAAAUAUAACAUUUUCUUAUGAAUAACAGUUUGAAAAUAAAGUGCAUUUGUCAUGAAGCCGCCUCCUACUAAAAUUGUUCGUUGUGUUUUCACACAUUGAAGAUGGAUGCCACCAGUGUAGUUCAUGCUCAUAGCAUUAAUGUUUUGUAUUUGCAACUUAGUUCUCAUGUCAAAGUUAUUUGGGAUCCUUGUUUUAUUUGAAUUGGCGUAGAAGACAGGCAAAGACUGUUCCUAAAUAUUUUUCAUUUACAUUAAUAGGAUUUGUGAAUGGAGUCCAAUUCUUACUUGGAAAUAAUAAAAUUAAUACAGUGAUGUUUAAAUCCAUUCUUUUAUAUAGCAUUUACUAGCCUUGUAGUACAAGGCUAGUCUUAACCAAAGUUAUGCCUGUUGCUCAUAAAUUGCACCAUGCUAGAAGUCUUGGGGAAAAUGUCAUAAAACAGCCUUAAAUACCACAUUAUUUUUGGACUAGAAAAUUUGUUCAGAGUCUUAACUCUAUUCAGGAUUGCACUGUUAAAAACUUCUGGUUCAUAGAAGCUACCACCCAUAGCAUUAGGAUGCACUUUGACAUUAAAAUCUAUGGAUAACGAUAUCCUCAGUCUCAGCAAAUAAAGGGCCAUGUCUUCAGAGAUUAGGUAGUUUGGCCACUCUACAACUUAAUUUCAUAUGGUGUUAUCUCUCUCCCCUCCAUUUUUUUAGCCUUUUUUUUCAGAAUACAUGCUUUCUCUCUUGGUGCAAAUUUAGGUUGUAAUCCUGCAUGUCUAAAGCACAAAGAGUAGAAGCUUCUGUCAGGCUAAAAUAUGACAUACCCUGGUAUGCUGUUAUUGGCAUGCUCUGACAUGGUCAGGCAUUGGCUUUCAUAUUUUCCUUCAAGAAUGGGAUCUAUAUCUUCUCAUUUUCCUGGACUGCCCCCCCUCCCAGUUCUGGGGCUCUGUAAAAGAAUCAAGUGCUAGACCUGUUCAUAUCAAUCUUACUUUUUUGGUGGUGUCUAGUAUCUAAAUUACAUGCAUAAACUGUGGACUGACUAGAACAGAAAAGAUUAUCCUGCAAUCUAUAUGACAAUAUCCUAAUUUACAGCAAUAUUUAAUUAGCUCACCUAAAGAGAUGUAAUGUCACAGUUCCUGAAAUUCUUUUAUAUUUUCCAUCUAACUGUUCACUGAAUGAUGCUGCCAGUGAAUUAUGAUAUUAGAUACAUCUGGAUUUGGCACAAAGCAUGUAUAGUAAUGAUUACUAGGUCUGCAGAGUAAGCAAAAGGUUUUGGACACCAAUUGGAUGAUGCCUCCUUUUUGUUCUGUAGUGUACCAUGGUGUCAUUUUAUGUGAAUGUGGUCAAAUAGCAUUUUAUUGGCUUUUGGUUUGUUUUUCCCCUGUCUUCUGUGGGUAGGGCAGGGUGGGGGUGGGGUUAAAGCCAUAGGAAGAAGAAUGUGAUGUAAGUGUUCAGUAUGUACUUUUUUGUUUCUGUUUUGCAAGAAGAGUUGAAAAAUAUUUUUGAUAAUGAGAGUAAAUGGUGGAAAAUGCUCUUUAGUAUUCUUGUCUUUUUUUUUACCAGGCCAGACUCUUGAAUUCUGUGUGCUUUGAUUUUAAGGUUUAUUAUGUCCUAUUAAAACAUAAUUGGUUAAAUAUGUAUGUAAUUUUGUGUGGACCAAAUGGGAUAUGCCAUUAUCUACUUCAGUGUUCUAACCUUGCUAGUAUAUAAAUCUGAUGGCGGGGCGGGGGGUGGGGGAAGACCAAUGAAACAAAAGCCUGGUGUGAUAUUUUCAUGACCUGGUUAUGAUCUAGAAAUGUCUGUUGGAACUGUUAAGUUUUUCUGAGGUUGCUGCUAGUACAGUUAUGGAGCUCCAGUAUGUCACGAGUGUGCCUCCCAUAAUAUGGGAAUAAUUUCAGUUUUAAUAUUGUUAUACAGCUGCACAGAACAUCAAUUCAGUAGCUGCUGAUUAAAGUAAAAUGUUCUUUGGAACCACUUAUUAGAGAUUCCAGAUCUUUAAUGUAUUUGCUAGUGAUGAAUUCAGGUUUGUUUUAAAAACUAGUUUCCUUCUGCACUGCCACAUUCUUAAACUGUGUAUUAAAAUUUGAGCUGAUUAAUAAA